UGGUAGUGACGUCAUCGCGGCGCGACGCGGCAGGCGCUGUGCGCGGCUGCUCCCAGGCCGCUCCCGCCGGGUCGCUCCCACAGAAAUGACCACGCAGUACGGUAUUCUCUUCAAGCAAGAGCAAGCCCACGAUGAUGCCAUUUGGUCGGUGGCCUGGGGGAAAAAUAAAAAUGAUGGUUCUGAAACGGUGAUCUCUGGUUCUCUGGAUGACCUGGUGAAGGUCUGGAAGUGGAACGACGAGAAGCUGGACCUGCAGUGGACGCUGGAGGGGCACCAGCUGGGGGUGGUGUCGGUGGACAUCAGCCACACGGGCGCCAUCGCCGCCUCCAGCUCCCUGGACGCCCACAUCCGCCUCUGGGACCUGGACACGGGCAAGCAGGUCAAAUCCAUCGAUGCCGGGCCUGUUGAUGCUUGGUCCCUGGCUUUUUCACCUGACUCCCAGUACCUGGCCACAGGAAGCCAUGUGGGGAAAGUAAAUAUUUUUGGUGUUGAAACUGGAAAGAAAGAAUAUUCCCUGGACACCAGAGGGAAGUUCAUCCUUAGCAUUGCCUAUAGCCCAGAUGGAAAAUACUUGGCCAGUGGAGCAAUAGAUGGAAUCAUCAAUAUUUUUGACAUUGCAACUGGAAAACUCCUGCACACGCUCGAAGGUCAUGCCAUGCCCAUCCGUUCCCUGACGUUCUCCCCUGACUCUCAGCUGCUGGUCACGGCCUCAGACGAUGGAUAUAUCAAAAUCUACGACGUGCAACAUGCAAACUUGGCUGGCACGUUAAGUGGUCAUGGAUCCUGGGUUUUAAAUGUAGCAUUUUGUCCUGAUGACACCCAUUUUGUUUCCAGUUCAUCUGAUAAAAGUGUGAAAGUUUGGGAUGCUGGGACGAGGACCUGCGUUCACACCUUCUUUGACCACCAGGACCAGGUCUGGGGAGUGAAAUACAACGGAAGUGGGUCCAAAAUUGUAUCUGUUGGAGAUGACCAAGAAAUCCAUAUUUACGACUGUCCAGUUUAGAUGUCUUGACUCAGACUCUGGUGAACUCCUGGGGCAGUUUCAAGGACUGCUCCUGUCCUAUGUAAUUUUUUAGUAUGAUGAAACCAUUUCAUACUGACCUGCAAACCCAGAUACAUUUAUAUCCAAUUUUGAUUUUGUUUAGCAUGAGAGAAAAGCCUUACUUUUUUAAAAUAAAAGCUAUGGAUGCAA